UUUUCACUUUAUGUCUGGUGUUGCUUUUGAGAUCAUUGCUUAGAAAAAUAUAUAUAUAUCAGUGUACUAAAUGAUUGUGUUUCUCAAUAGUUUCUACUUGUGUGUUUCUAUUUCACGUGCAGCUUUUGAAAAGGAAGUGUAUCGCAACCCCAAACCAUCUUUUGUCGAUCGCUCUGUGCAAGGCUUCACAACAAGCAGGACGGGACCUCCAUAUAUUUACAUUGAUAAAGAUCCAAUGAAAAGCCAUCUAGUAUUUAAUGCCUUUGAAGCUGGUGGUACCUCUAAUUCACAUUAUUGCUAUGCCGCAAGAACUCGCAGCAGCUCUCCAGAUUCAGAUCUCGAGUUUGUAGCCAACACAAAGGCCAAAAUCAAAGAGCUUGAAAAAGAUGCAGAGUAUUUGGAGGAGGCUUACCGUAACUACAAGGACAGACUCAUAUAUGCGGCUGAGGUGGAAAGCAUGACUCAGUCUAGUGCUCAACCAAGAAGAGGAUUCUUAAAUAAUGUCUCUGCUGCAUCUCAUCAAAAGGUGAAUUUUGUAGGUGACAACCUGACUCCUCAACAGCAUAUCCUUCUAAACAGACUGAAAAUACAGAGGUGCGAAGAGUUAGUAACUACCGAGUGUGAGAGGACACCACUUGUUUCAAAGGUAUCUUCUCGUCGACUGUCUUCAACGCCUAAAGCCAAUGUUUUCCAAACAAUAAACAAAAAAGAACAUAUUUCCUCAGAAGGUAUUUAUUUAUUAUACAUAUACCUAUCUGCAAAAUAAAUGUCCAAAUAUAUUGGCUAAAUGACCUGGAACUGUGAUUCUUUUUUUUUUCUUUCUAGUAACAGAUCAUGAUGGUUCCUAUAUUUCAUCAUCUCAUCACAGUCGCAAUAAGCCGCUGUCUCCGAUACCAAAGAAUAGCCAGUUUCCUACACUGAAUCAAGAGGUUGCUCUUCUUUGUCAAGAGACUGAAAAAAAGCUGGUUUCCCGGUAAAUAAAAUUAAUAAUUGUAUGUAUGUGUGUAUAUAUAUAUAUAUAUAUAUAUAUAUAUAUAUAUAUAUUGCACAGUAAGAAUGCUUUUAAAAAUAGAAAACUUAAUAGUUAAGUUUGAAAAGUUAUCAAAAUACAAAGUGAGUGAACAGAACCAAAUCUAAAUAUAUAUAUAUAUAUGUGUGUGUGUGUGUAGGCAAAGUGUGUUGUGCUUUUAAUAUCAUACUACUAAGUACACUUUCACAAAGUCAUUGAUUUUGUAGGCAUACAAACAGGUGCAUGAUUAAACAAUUGUACCAAACAAGUGGUAAUGUAGAUCAAAAUACAAUCAUUGAGCGAACCAGAAACUGCUGUGUGGUAGGAUAAAAACUGGGUGAGGAAUAGCCAAACUGUGCUAACUAGGUGUUUUUGCUAAAAAAUGUCUAAUAUCAAAAGUCAUACACUAUGGCAAGACAUACAGUAGUUAUAGUGCUAAAUCAAGGCCUCUUCAAGGCAGUCAGGGUUUCCAGAAGUACUGCCAAAGCUCUUAUGAAAAAGCACAAAGAGAAAGGCAAUAUUGAGGAUUGUAGAUGCAAUGGUCGGCCAAGGAAACUUAAUGCAGCAUGUGAAAGACACAUUAUACUUACUUCCCUUUGCAAUCAGAAGAUGUCCAACAGUGUCAUCAGCUCAGAAUUGGUAGAAACUAAUUGGAACCUGGUACAUCCUUCGACUGUAUAGAGCCAUCAGAAGUGGUCUUCAUGGAAAGUUUGUGGUCAAAAAGGCUAAAGUCUGACCAGGAAACAAGGCAUGGAGACUGAACAAUGCAUAAAAGUACUGGAAUAGGAGUGCAGAGAAAUGGCAGCAGGUGCUCUGGACUGAUGAGUCAAAUUUUGAAAGAUUUGGCUGUAGCAGAAGACAGUUUAAUUGAUACGCUUUUAUGAAGAAGUGGGUUUUUAAUGAUUUUUUUUGAAGGAGUGGAGACUGGGUGAGCAUCUAACGGAGGAGGGAAGUGAGUUCCACAGGAACGGUGUAGCCCUCGCGAAGUCUUGAAGGCGUAAGUCUUCAGUAGAGCGUAAGGGCCUAGACGGGACAUACUUGUAUAUUAGGGAGGAUAGAUAGGUGGGAGCAGCAUUAUGUAGAUAUUUGAAAGCAAGAACCAGAAUUUUAAAUUGAGCCCUAUAUCUUACAGGAAGCCAAUGUAGGGACUGACAGAUGGGUGAGGCGUGGGCAGGGCGAGUGGACAGGAAGAUGAGCCUGGCCACCGCAUUCAUUAUGGACUGUAACGGCGAGACUGGACUGUUGGGAGCACGUAAGACCACUGAGAAGUGGAUUACAGUAGUCAAGGCGAGAAAGGACAGUGGAAUGGACCAGCACCUUAGUCGCAUCUGGCGUUAAGUAGGGUCGGAUGCACACAAUGUUUUUGAGUUGGAAGCGUCAGGAUUUGGUGAUAGACUGAACAUGAGGCGUGAAGGAGAGGUCGGAUUCAAAGAGAACACCUAGGCAGCGAGCCUGCGUGGUGGAGCUGAUGAUAGCACCGUUGACUUGGAGGGAGACAGACCCAGAAGUAGCAACUUUUGAGGGAGGAAAGACCAGAGUUUCAGUUUUGGUCAGGUUGAGUUUAAGGAAGUGGGCAGCCAUCCAGUUAGAAAUAGCAGAGAGGCAGUCAGAGACACUAGUCAAGAGACGGGGAGAGAUCAGGUAGAUUUGCGUGUUAUCCACAUAAAAUAUUGAAAGGCAAAGGAGCUAAUGAGUUUACCAAGCGAGGCAGUAUAGAUGGAGAACAGUAGGGGACCGAAGAACUGAACCUUGGGGGACAUCAACAGAGAGGAGUUGGGUAGAAGAAGCAGAGCCAGAGAAAGAAACACUGAAAGAGCGCUGGGAGAGGUAGGAGGAGCACCAGGAAAGAGCAAUAUAUUGUAGACCGAUAUUGCGCAGGAUGAGAAGCUGUUGAUGAUCAACAGUGUCAAAAGUCGCAGAAAGGUCAAGGAGAAUUAGGAUAGAAUAGUGACCACGAGAUUUUGCAGCGAGUAGAUCAUUGGAUACUUUGGUCAGUGCCGAUUCCACAGAGUGCUUAGCGCGGAAACCAGACUGAAGUGGGUCUAGCAGAGAAUUGGACUUGAGGAAGUCUGUCAAUUUCGCAUAUACAACUCUUUCAAGGAUCUUGGAUGCAAAAAGCAGUAGCAAGAUAGAAAUGUAGUUGGACGGGGAGUUAGGGUCAAGGUUGGGCUUCUUUAGAAUUGGGGUUACAGUUGCAUGUUUGAAGGGUGAUGGAAAUAUGCCAGUGGAGAGAGAGAGAUUGAGAAUUUUAGUGAGAGGUAGAGAAGGAGACAGAGACAGAGUAUGGAUGAGAUGCGUGGGAAUUGGAUCUAGGGAGAAGGUGGUGGGGCAGGAGGACUGGAGCAGAGCAGUAACCUCUUCCGCUGUAGCGGGUGCGAAUGAACAUAGAACAGCAGAGGGAGUGAGGUUAGGGGAAGUAUUGUAAGGGGAACAAAAAAGAUGAGAGAUUGUAGAGAUCUUGUCAGUGAAGUGAGUUGCAAAGUCUGAGACGGUCAAGUUAGUAGGUGGAGAGAGUUAAAUGUGUGAAAUAGUUGUUUGGGCUCGCAGGAUAACAUCAGGGUGUCAUCUAAAUGGCCUCAAAUGUAUUCUGCAACAUGACAAUGAACCUAAACAUACAAUCAGAGUAACUAAGAAAUAUUUUCAGCGUAAAGAAGAACAAGACUUGGAAGUGAUGGUAUUUCCCCCACAAAGCCUUGAUCUCAACAUUGAGUCUGUCUAGGAUUACAAUAAGAGAUAGAAGCAACUGAGGCUGCCUAAAUCCGCAGACGUACAGUUUUUAUGUUUGUAACAACCUGUUUGCUGAGUUCCUUACAAAAUUGUGUGUAAGUGUACCUAGAACAAUUUAUGCUGUUUUGUAGGCAAAUGGUCGUCACACCAAAUAUUGACUUUGUUUAGAUUUUUCUACUAUUCACUCACUUUGCAUUUUUUUUAUUUUUUAUUAAUUGAUCAAAAUGAACUAAAUAUAGAGAAGCUGACAGUUUUCUUUGCAGAUGUGCAAGCAGUUGUAUGGAUUCUGUAGACCUCUUGCUGUUUGCUGAUUGAUAUAAAUAGAAAUGUGUCCAUGCAUUUAGUGGAAACAUACAACUGUCCUUUCCUUCUAAUUGUUGGGGCAGUUUGUUUGUAAGUGGGUCUUGUAGUUUAAGAGAUGUAUAGCAUGUAGCAGUAUGUUAUGCAUUUAUUAGUAUUGUAAAAGUAGAGGAAAAUAUGGACAAAUUAAUAUAAAUCAGAGACAGCGAAAAAUAAUGUUUUCAUGUUUAACAAGGUUUCAUACUGCAUCCUUUUUAUUGGGUGUAAUCCAGUAAUAAUGUCCUAAUUACAUUUCCAAUCAAAUUAUUUAUUUACUUAAAAAAAAUAAACAAACCUGUUUUGUUUACCAACCAGACGGCAUUUGUCCUCCACGGGUUUCUGAAUUGAAUCCAUCAGUUAUGACCAAUUUGAUGCAAAGCUGAAAGAUGUAUAAUUAUUGAUUAGGGAUUGACCUGUAUUGAGACGAUACCGAUAAUCUGUGAACUUUCAGGCCGAUAGCUUACCGAUAUUCUGUACAUUUACAAUUUUGAAAAAAGAAACAAUUUCUACAUAAAUCUACUGUUAACUGAACAUGUUUAUUUUUUUCGCAAAUCUUUUUGUUAAGUGGUAAAUGCACAAAAUAUACAUGCCUGUCAGAUUUUUUUUUUUUUUUUAUGUAUACAAGAAUACUUAGUGUUCUUCUCUGUUCCCCUUACCUCCCUUUCCUGCCCUUAGUGUAUUUCUCCCCUCCCUUCCCUGUCCCUUAGUGUUCGUGUACCUCUCCCCUCCCUGUCCCUUAGUGUUCCUCUCUCCUUGCCUCCCUUCCCUGUCACGUGCUCGACCACGCUACACUGAGUGACUGGUAGGGGGGAGUGCUGUGCGCUUCCUUCCUGCCGGUCACUCGAUUGUUGCUUCCCCAUAGCCGGUGUGCCCUAAGGUGGCUGGCCUCGCGUUUGCUGGGCCACCGCCGCCUCUCACAUUAUUGGAAAUAUCAAUAUCAAUAGUGACCAAUAUUUGCCAUAAUCUGGAAUAUCGGCCGAUGAUAUCGGCCAAAUCGAUAAUCGGCCUACCCCUAUUAUUGAUUAUUAUUAUUAAUAUUAUAUAUGAGAUAUAUUUCAGAAGAUGCAAUAAUACUAUUUGUGAAUCUUUUUUUUUUUUUUAGUGACCAUUACUCAGCUGUAUCUGAUCCACUCCAAUCAUCCAUCCAUUCUGAGUUGAAGCAACUAAACUUUGAUGACCUUAUUCACUCAGAUUCCUCUCUUCACGGUAAGCUUGCCUGCAAAAUUCAGAGCUCCAAUGUAUUCCUGACCUUAUAGUGUUAAAAACACUAUCUAGUCCCCAUGCCCUUCCUAAAUAUAGUAAAAUCUCACCUUUAUUCCAGUCUGCUGGUGCUGGCACUGUCCUUGAUCUGCCUGCUUGGUUUGUCAUAAUCAGAAGUGGUGUUCAGAGCCAAUCACAAGGCUUUCCCUUGGGAAAGCAUUGAAUUGGCUGAUAUUGUCAAGGAGGCAAAUCAGGGUCAGAGUCAACACAAACCAUCCACAGCGCUGGCCAAUCCGCAUCUCCUCAUACAGAUGCAUUAAGUCAAUUCAUCUCUAUGAGGAAAGUUCAGUGUCUCCAUGCAGAGGGUAGAGACACUGAAUGGCAGUGGAAGUGUAGCACUGCCCUAGGAAUCACCUCUAGCAGCCAUCCGAGGAAUGGCCAGUGGAGUUGGCUGAAAUGUAAACACUACCUUUUCACUGAAAACUCUGUGUGCAAAAAGCCUGAAGUGAAUGAUUAUACUUACCAGAACAGAUACAAUAAGCCGUAGUUGUUCUGGUGACUAUAAUGUCCCUUUAAUUUUCGUUUUUUUAAAUGAAGCCAAAUAAUUGUUCAACUUCUCCUGGUUUUAAAUGAAGCCAAAUAAUUGUUCAACUUCUCCUUUUUCACAAAACUGAUUUCAAACAGACAAUGGAAGUGAAUACAUUGCUUAAAGGGACACUCCAGGCACCCAGACCACUUCUGCCCAUUGGAGUGGUCUGGGUGCCAACUCCCACUACCCUUAACCCUGCAAGGUAAUUAUUGCGGUUUUUAUAAACUGCAAUAAUUACCUUGCAGGGUUAAGUCCUCCUCUAGUGGCUGUCUAUCAGACAGCCACUAGAGGGACUUCCAUGUUCUUAGAACACGAAGAGUUUUUUAAGCGACGCUGGACGUCCUCAUGCUAUGUGAGGACCUCCAGCGUUGCCGAAAUCCCCAUAGGAAAGCAUUGAAUAAUGUGCACAGCCAUUGCGGCGCAUGCACACUAGGUCUCCCCUGCUGACGUCGGUGGGGGAGGAGAGUAGGCAGAGGCUGACCCAGCGCCGAGAGACAUCACUGAAGAGGUUUUAACCCCCCCAGAAACUUGUGAUGAGGGGUGGGAGGGAGAGGGCCACUGUAGAGUCUUGCAGUGCCAGGAAAACAAAUAUGUUUUCCUGGCACUAGAGAGUCCCUUUAAUUUCUAGUUCUUAAAGGCCUCUUGAAAGUUCAGUAACUAGAUCAACAAAACUUCCAGAAUAGUGCUUAGAACUAGUUUGAGUUCACCAUGCAGUCCCGGUGCGCAGCAUAAUACUUUGCUUAAUACUACAAAAUAUUAAUUUGCUAGCUACAUUUGGGUUGGGGAAGAUAACUGUGAGGAUACAGAAUAUGGCAACCAUGCCAAUGAUAAUGGAAAUAUGGCAAUAUGGCUACUAUAGUGUUGAAGUGGGACAUUAUAGCUCAUGUUAAUAUGAGUGAUAGAAUAUGGCUAUGGAUAGUUUGUCAAAAGGGAAAUAUGAGAUUGCAACUUUGGAGAGGGUUCUUAGACAUGGUGGACAUAUGGGGAUGGACAAAUAUGGCUAUGGAUCUGGGAUAGAUGAAAUAUGAGAUGUAGGUAUGUGACUUGUAGAUAAAUGGGAUAUUAUGGACUGGGAUAGUACUGUCUUGGGAAUGGAGACUAUGACUAUAGAAGAUUAUGCAUUGGUAAUGAGUGGUGUGGUUAGGACUGUGUAUUGGGCCCCAGAUGAAAAAAGACAUAAGAUUGGCACUUAGUCAAGGGAAGAGCACAUAGGUGAAAAUGGGCCACAGGUGGAUGGGUGAGUUAAGGGAGGGGGACACGCGCCAGGGAAGAGACAAAGGUUAAAAAAUAUGAAAACAGGUUGCAGGUAUAUUUUAGCCUUUUUUUUUUUUUUACCAUAAUUUGAUAAUUUAAUCUUGCCCAAUUGCAUAGAAAAAUACAUAAAUAAAUGUGUGUCUAGCAUUGAUGGUCUAUUUAUUGCUUUGGUGUUGUGUAUAUGCAGGCAUGAUCUGAAUAAAAAACUUAGACUUGACUUCAACAGACAUGAACACACAUUGUCUGAAUCAGGUAAACAGAAACAUACAAUUUGACAUAUAACUUUCUCCGCGUGUGUUCUGCAAUCCUAUAUGUUGGUCGUAAUGAAAGAACUGUCAGUACAUUGCACUGUGACCUCAUCAUGCACCUGGGAUUGCAAUGUACUGCAAAUGCUUGACUUACAGCUGGUGUUUUCACCAGGACUAAUCAUGUAGUAACUUCCAGUUGUGUUUCACAUACAUACCCAUCCUAUAUAAUGGAGCACACUCUUUAUUAAAAGUGAAAACAAAUAAUCAUAAAAUAAAUUAAUGUGCGUGUGCGCAUGUUAGAUAGAUAGAGAGAUACAUUUUGUUUUAUUAUUGUUGUUAUUAUUUCUGACAUGAACCAGACAGCGAUCUCUGCGGACAACUCACACGUUGUCACACUGACUUUUCUUCUAUUGCAUUUAAAUAACUAAACUCUCUGCAAAGUCUAUAUUUUUAUGAUGGAAACUCUUUAUAUCACAAAUAUUUAUUUUUGCUAAUCUGCUUUCUCUAACACAACAUCCAGCUAUAAAGAUAAUACAAUCUAUAAUCUGCAAAUCCAGAUUCAUACUGACUGCUGACGUUGUCCAGAAAAUCAGUUUUUUAAUCUUGUCUAAGAGGCCUGUGUUAUGUUACUGGUGAUAAACACAAGUACUGUACUACUCUCUUGAGACCAAAAGGGGUCUCUGGAUCUCAGUACAGUUUGAUAGUAACCAGAAGCAAUGAAAUAUUUCAGCACCUCUGUAAUGUUCCAGUGUGCAGAGAGGGUUAUUUAAGUGUGGGGUUAUUUUCCCAAUCUCAUAUCCCAACACACAUGACAAACAUCAAUAAAGCAGUAAUGGAAACCACAAAGUAAUCCACAUCAUCUGUGGGUAAUAACCUCUGCAUUGUGUAAGCGUCGUGCUGGGAUUUCAUCGUGUUGUAAAUUGCUUGGCAACAUAUGGAGUGCAUUGAGACAUUUACAUGAUAUUGAGUAAUAUGUCACAUCCCACCUACAAGGAUGCAGUUUUUCAUGCCACAAUACCCACCACUAUUCUGUUAUUUAAUUUUGUGUUAUCAUGUAGUUACGUGUUCAUGGGAUUAUUCACCAAACUACACAUUGUGGAGAAUUGAAAACUGAAUUGCAAUUUUUUGGCAGGUCUAUUUGGAAAAUUAGCUGGCUUUGAGUAUUUUUCAUUUUAGCCUAAAAUAUGCAAGUAUAUAGAUAGCGAAUACAUUCCUGGUCUGCUAAUAGGCUGCAGAUUUGUAAAUACACUCUUGCAUGUGCGUGGUUUUUAAAAUUUAAAUCCUGGCCUGCUGUAAUGGUUAUGGUACCAGACGUCUCCUGGUGCCUUCCCACAAUUUGUAGUCAAACUGUUUUUGAGUGAUUUGAUAUGUAUCAGUGGCCUGCGGGCUGGCUCCCUCUUCUGCAAUAGCUAAAGUAUAUGUUCCACUUCCUGAAUAGAUACAUCAAUUUUAUUAAUAUUUAUUGGCCGAUAGUGUCAUCUGACACUUACUAUAGGAUGAUGUCAGGGGGUUCUUGUCAGCCUAACCACUACAGUACACUGUGUGUGACGGAGCUACUCUGAACGAGUAACUCCGCCAAGUCUGCCUUCUCGCUGCCAUCAGAGACCCUGGAGCGCUUCAGACACAGUCACUGAAGCUUAACAUCCUGGAUCAGACUGCAGCUCUCUCCUUCCACGUAGGUUUCACCCCCUCUACCUUUAAUAUGAUCACUUGCGGCUCUCAGGCCUUUGCACUUCUUCUGGGCCACUGGGACCAUCUCAGCCAACAGGGAUCUCCACAAAUCCACACAGGAUCUCAUAGUUCCAAAAAGAACUAACAUACUCAGCUUUAUUUUUACUCGGGACAAGCCCAUGUGCUUAGUACAUCAAACUUACAGUGAAAACCAUUUAAAAUACAAAUAUAUAUAUAUAUAUAUAUAUAUAUAUAUAUAUAUAUAAUAUUAGCAAGCUAGCAAUUAUAAGUAAUUCAUGAACUGUAUUGGGAUCGACCGAUUAUCAGUUUUACUGGUAUUAUCGUCCAAUAUUCUGUAUUUUCGGCAAUAUAGGUAUCGGCCAAUAAAGAUUACAAGCCCGGCGGUUCGGGGGGGGGGGUUUAGCAAGCUAUUAUUUUCCCAGCAGCUCCCUUCAGCUCCCUGUAUAAAUCUUGCAAGUCCCGCGGAUGUCAGAGCGUUGCCACGGGUUACCAUGGCAACACUCCGCGCAGCACGCUGGCCACGAGAUUUAAACAAGGGAGCUGAAGGUAAGUUACAGCUUGCUGCGGGCCCCCACUGCUCAGUACAUGCCACUGAACCUCCACCCAGCAACUUGCAGUACUCAAGUCCCAGAACGCAGGUGGUGUGUCGAGAUCUUCUCUUGAACUGCUCCCAGCACCGGGGAGCAGUGGUGUAUUUAGCCCAAGGGAAACUAGGCAUUUGUCUUGGGCAGCACUAACCAGGGGCGGCAAAAAAUGCCGCCCCCAAACGUCCACUCAGAUGUCCCUUGUGUUCCCCCUGUCAUUGGGGGGUCCAAGACCUGGCCUGUUGGCCACUUUAUGGACCCCCGGCAGGCGACUGUGUUAGAAUCAGAGGUGGUGAGGGAGCUGUGAUCUCCCUGCUCUGCUCCUUCGCGCCUCACUCGCCAUUUGCUGAUGCCGGGAGCCGGAAUAUGAUGUCAUUCCGGCUCCUGGCAGCAGUAGACGGCCCACAAUGCGUGAGGGAGCAGAGCAGGGAGAUCACAGCUUCCUCGCCACCUCUAAUUCUAACACAGCCGCACGCCUCCCAGAAGCCCCACUGGACCUCUAUAUAAUAAUAAUUUGUGAGUGUGUGUCUCUGUGUGUAUGUGUCUGUGAGUAUGUCUGUGAGGGUGUGUCUGUAUGUAAAAGAAAAUUAUUAGAUUACAUCUAAUAGAUUACCAGGAGUAAUUAUGGUGUAUGUAAUAAGCCUUUAAGAAUUAUAAAAGCUGAAAAACAACAAUAUUUGUAUACUAAUAUAUUACACUUAGUCCCAAUAUUAAAAGUGAUGAUAAUAAUAAAGUCCCAGUCUUUUAAUAAAGUAUCAUCACAAAGUCGCUACUUUGUGCAAUUGAUACAGUGUAUGGAGAUAUACUGUGUCUGCCUGUAUCAGAUGGCUCCAGCUAUUGACACAGCUGGGGUUUAUUGAAACAUGCUAUUUUAUUAUAGUACUAUCGGUGUGUUCUUGAGCUGUGUCAAUCCAAAUAUUUAGUACAAGGAUAGAAGUAAAAAAAAACUUAUAGAUCAUAUAUGGUGAUCUUAACUGCUGAAAUCCUCCCGUCGUUCUACAAAACAGUAAAGUUGAAAACCAUAGUGCUCACUGUUUAAAAUGUGUUUAUUAGCUAUAUUUAAUUAAAAUCACCCACAAUUUGUAGGUUAAAAACAAGCGUAUUGUGAGAAUGCUUUGGUGAAAGGCUCUGUGUGGCUUUCAUGGACCUUCACUCCGGCCGGUUUGAAGGUAGAUGUGUAUGCAGUGCCGCAUGCGUUCCACUUCUCUCUCCUCCUGCGUUUGACUACAACUCGGUAGUCAAGCGAUUUUGGCGGCAGAUGCCAAAAAAGUCCUUACGCGUUUAGUGAAUUCAAACUCGCUUCAUCAGAGGCGGUGUGUGUGUGUCUGUGAAUAUGUGUGUGUCUGGGAGUGUGUGUGUGUGUGUCUAAUCAGUGAGUUUGUGUCUGUCAGUGACAUCUGUGUUUGUCUGUUAGUGAAUGUGUCUGUCAGAGUGUGUGCUUAAAGGGACACUGUAGGCACCCAGACCACUCCAGCUCAUUGAAGUUGUCUGGUUGCAGUGCCCCAGUCCCCUUAACUUGGCAAGUGUAAUUAUUGCAGUUUCCCAGAAACUGCAAUAAUUACCUUGAGGGGUUAACUCCACUAACUGAUGCUGGACGUCCUCACGCUGUGUAUGAAGACAUCCAGGGUCUGCUAAAUCCCCAUAGGAAAGAAGUGAUACAAUGCUUUCCUAAGGGGAAGCAUGAUGCUAGCUCGAAGGAGGAGCUUGACCCAGUGCUGAGGUACAUCAGGUAAAUUAAGUUUUUUUUAACCCGUUCAGUGCAGAGUGGGUGGCGGGGGGAGCGUACGAGCAAGGGGGACACUAUAGGGAACUAUAGUGCCAGGAAAACAGCUUUGUGUUCCUUUAAGAGGAGUAGGACAAGGUGGAGUCUUAAGAGGAAGGGUGAGUUCUUAAUUAGGAAGAAGUGUGGCCUUGACAGGAAUGGGUGGGACAAAUUUAGAUUGGGGUGGUGCCCAGGUUUAGUCAUGCCUAGGGCAGCACAAAACCAAAAUAUACCACUGCUGGGGAGGCCUCAUAUUCUGGGAGUCACAAUCCCCUUUAUAUUGGGCCCAUCCCAGGUCACACCACAAAUAGGAUGACAACACCCUCCAGCAAAGGUUUAGUAACAGAUUGCUGGUAUUUAAGCUAUCAAAUAGGUGAUUGUAGGAGUGAUGUAAACAUGCGUCAUUCAGUGUGGUGGUCGGUCCUACCCUUGAUAUAUCCUAUUUAAUGGGAUCAUCCCAUAACUGUUUUUUUUUUUGUUUGUUUGUUUUUUUUCAUCUUUUUUUUCUGGAAGUCAAAUUGUGAAACCACAUGAUCUCCCAACCUAUUUUUUUUUUUUAAAGGUUUUUUUUUAUGUGCCAACAUAAUAGCUUGUCAAUAAAUUGUGUAUGGGGGGAAUCCAGACAUGUGUACAAUGAGCUCUUCAUUCAGUCAAAUGCAAUUAAAGGAAAACUCUGGACACCAUAACAACUUAAAUGGCUUACAAUCAGGGUUUAACCCCUUAGCGACCGAGGACGGUUCAGGACCGUCAUCGGCAUUUUUGCCUUGAGGACCGAUGACGGUCCUGAACCGUCCUAACGGUCUGGGGGUACUUACCUGAUCGCCGUCGUUCCCCCGGCGGCGAUCAGUGUUGCUCCGGUUGUGGGGAGACUGCCUGCAGCCCAGAAAGUCUCCCCACACUGAUUUAGGACCCCUGUGGCCAUGUGAUCGCUUAACACAGUCCAUAGUGCUGCCUGCAGGGGGACUGUCUGUGCUGACAGGCAGUCUCCCUGCUAGUGUAAAAUAAAAAAAAAAAAUAAAGUUAAUGGUAAUAAAAAAAAUAAUAAUAAUUAUAUAUGUGUAUAUAUGAUAUAUAGACAUAUAAUAUAUCUAUAUAAUAUAUGUCUAUAUAUCAUCUAUAUAAUGCCAUACUAAGUGUAUUUUUAUAUUAAUAUGUACUUAUAUUAAUAUAAAAAUACACUUAUAAUUAAAUUACACACGUAUAUAUGUAAUAUAUAUAAUAACUAUAUAUAUUGUAUAUAUAUUAUUAUUAUAAAAUAUAAAUAAUAAGUAAUUUAAAUUAAAUAAAAAAAAUUUAAAAUAAUAAAAAAAUUUAAAAAAAAUUAUAUCUAUAUGAAAUUUUAUUCUAACUGUAUUUUAAAAUUAAUAUAUAUAUAUUUAUAUCAAAAUACACUUAGAAUGAAUUUGUAUAUAUAUCUAUGUAUAUAAAAAAUAAAUAAAAAUAAUAAGAAAUAUACAUAUGUCCAUAUACAAAAUUACAUAAAUAAUUAUAUAAAUAUACACGUAGACUUCAGAUAUAUAAAUAUGCAUAUAUAUUUAAAUUCUACGUGCAUAUUUAUGUAAUAGUUUUACAUAAUUCAGUAAUUUUAUUGAUUGCAAUUUAAGGGACCUGCCUGCCAACCCAGGCCGAAAUUCCAGAGAAUUGAAUUUGCUAGCACUGUAUUUUACCCUGUAACGUUCUACGACACCCUAAAACCUGUACAUGGGGGGUACUGUUUUACUCGGGAGACUUCGCUGAACACAAAUAUUAGUGAUUCAAAACAGUAAAACAUAUCACAGCGAUGAUAUUGUCAGUGAAAGUUACUUUUUUAGCAUUUUUCACACACAAACAGCACUUUUACUGAUGAUAUAAUUGUUGUGAUACGUUUUCCAGUUUUUAAACACUAAUAUUUGUGUUCAGCGAUGUCUCCCGAGUAAAACAGUACCCCCCAUGUACAGGUUUUAUAGCAUUUUUGAAAGUUACAAGGUCAAAUAUAUGGGUCAAAUAUUUUUACAUUGAAAAUGGCCAGGUUGGUUACGUUGCCUUUGAGAGCGUAUGGUAGCCCAGGAAUGAGAAUUACCCCCAUGAUGGCAUACCAUUUGCAAAAGAAGACAACCCAAGGUAUUGCAAAUGGGGUAUGUCCAGUCUUUUUUAGUAACCACUUGGUCACAAACACUGGCCAAAAUUAGCGUUCAAUUUAGUUUUUUUACUUUUUUCACACACAAACAAAUAUGAAUGCUUACUUUGGCCAGUGUUUUCGACUAAGUGGCUACUAAAAAAGACUGGACAUACCCCAUAUUGAAUACCCUGGGUUGUCUACUUUAAAAAAAAUAUGUACAUGUGGGUGUUAUUCAGAGAUUUAUGACAGAUAAUAGUGUUACAAUGUCACUAUUGAUAAAUUUAAAAAAUUUAUGUUUUGAAACCGCAAUAUUCUACUUGUACCUAUAGCUCUAUAACAUGCAAAAAAAAGCAAAAAAGCAUGUAAACACGGGGUAUUUUUAAACUCAGGACAAAAUUUUGAAUCUAUUUGGCAGUUUUUUUAAUUCCCUUUUGUAGAUGAGUAAAAGAUUUUUCAAGUAAAAGUCAAAAAACAUGUAUUUUUUUCAAUUUUUCAUCAUAUUUUUUUAUUUUUGUUUAAAUUAAAAUACAUGAGAUUAUAUAAAUAAUGGUAUGUAAAGAAAGCCCCUUUUGUCCUGAAAAAAACAAUAUAUAAUUUGUAUGGGAACAGUAAAUGAGAGAGCGGAAAAUUCCAGCCAAACACAAACACCACAAAAGUGUAAAAAUAUGCCUGGUCGCAAAUGUACAACAUCGCAAAAACAGUCCAGUCCUUAAGGGGUUAAACCAUUAACAAGCUUUUAACCCCAAAGUGUUGAAUCCAGUCCAGCUUAGCUUAGACCAUCACCUUCCGCAUCUGUCCGAGGCUUAAUUCAGGAAGCUGACGACCUCAGCUUAUUGGUAGCUCCACAUUCACAAAACGGCUUGAGAAACAUAUAUACCUUUCUUUUGUGAAUGGGUAGCUACAGAUAGGCUGAGAGCAUCAACGGCAUCCCUGUCCAAGGCUUACUGUCUCAAGGCUCAGGCACAAGCAGAAGGAAAUGGGCAAAGUUACCAUUGAUGGUAAGCCGGUGCAAGGAACCCCAUGGCAAUAUAACUUCAUUCUCAUUAAGUUAUUGUGGUGAAGGCACAGACCCCCCGUGACCAUCAGAGGAGGGAGAACCGCUAGACAGCCCACACCUUAAUCCCCAACACCCCACACACACGUGGAUGCCAGAAGCCAGCGCACCGGCCUCAAAACAAGAUAUACAGGCUAUGCUGACAGGCCUGCAACAGAACUUAAGACAAAUGUGGGAAGCGGACCUGGCAGUGCUUAAACUAGACGUGCACGCCGUGUCCACGCGCACUCAGGCGGUAGAAGAGGAGGUAAAGGGACUAAGAGAGAAUUACCAGGAACUGGGGGAGAAGGUGCGACACCUUCAAGCUGCACAAGCGACAAUGUCCAGGCAAGUUACCCUCCUAGAUGACAGAGGGCACCGAAAAAACAUAAAAAUCCGAGGGGUACCUAAAUCAAUACCGCUGGAAGAGUUGCCACACUUCACCAGACGCCUUGUGGCCACACUCCUGCCGACUAGACAAUCCAAAACGUUCCAGUUCGACGGGGUUUACAGGAUAGCCAAAUCCCCACAAGCACCCAACUCAGCCCCACGGGACAUAAUAUUGAGAUGCCAAUCAAUGUUGGACAAACUGGGGCUAAUGGCAGCUAUCCAAGGGAAGACACCUCUUGACUUUGAAGACAGCAAACUCUCUUUCUUUCAGGACUUGAGCAGGGCCACACUGAUAUGGCGCAAAAGUAUGCAACCAAUCACCAAACAACUCCAAGCCGCAGGAGUCGCCUAUAGAUGGGCAACACCAGGAACUCUCUGGAUCACUAAAGAUGACAAGCACUACAGGGCCACCGACCACACAGAGGGCCCAGCACUGAUGACCGCAUUGGGAAUAUCGAACCUCGCAGCGACCUCAGCGACACAGCCAGAUCAUCGACCAGGGACAACGAGCACAGAUUCAUCCGCACCCCUGGAACAAGCAGAGGCCCGAAAACCAAAACCUGAAUGAACUGCCUCACCGACGGCCUCAUAGGCCUUAGUUUAAUUAGUUUAAAUAUUUUAAGUUAAUAAGACUGUUCAUUUAAGUUAUAUGUAGUUCCCCCACACUCUGACGGCCAUUACAGUGCUAAAAAGGCCCACCAGAGCCGAGCACACCAGCUCCGAUAACAAUCCCCCUUCCCCCCUCCCUGGGGUUAAUGGGAAAUGACAUCAAGGGCAACAUAGUAACCCUGACUGGAAUCAAGCUCACCGCAAGGUCUGAUACCCCUAGCCUAAAGCCCCAAGGGCACAACUUGAUCCUGUCACACUACAGCGACUUAUAUAUAUACCUAGACACAAACUUCUGGUUACUACACUGACUAGGAACAACCUGCAGCUACCACUAGGGCCAAAAAGACACCUUUGGACACCUAGAGCACCGCACACAUGGGUACCCACCAAUAGCUACAAUCAGGGACAAAAAGAGGAGCGGACAUAGUCCUAGAAAGGGCACACAUAGAGAGACCCCGCAACUACCGCAACUCGCUUCCUGUCCAAACUCGGAAGGGCCAAGAGACACAACCAACACCCAUAACUUAUAGUCGCACAAACUGGAAUUGGGAACAGCCACUGGACCUAGCUAUAACUGCCUUCCCCCCUCCACCCACAACUCCACAGAACUUAGGGUGUCUUAGGCAGACAGAAGUCUUACACCCCCACAGUUAUUAGAUUUCAAACCUCACUAUAACAAUGUGACCUAUUGUAAAUAUAAAAUGUGUGUGACUAGCACACAACAAUGCCUUGUAUUUAAUAUGCACUGAUUCUACUCGUUGUGUCAAGGCUGUUGUGGCCAGAUUCAUGAAUCUGUUACCUUUCCACAUGAAAAAUAAAGAAUUAAAAAAAAAAAAGUUAUUGUGGUGCCCAGAGUGCCCCUUUAAGUUUUGAGAGACCCCACUGGAAUUAGUAGGUGGUUCACAGAAAACACUAAUAAGCUGUUCAAUUUUGGCCUAAAUUAGAAAUUCACUUUGAAGUCACUUUAAUUUCAUCACAGCUUACACUUCACCCCACACACUGAUUAUUUAGUAAAGGUAAUGUUUAUUUAGUACUUAAUCAAAAGCACAUUUGCCUAGUAUUCAUGGGCAACCAUGGUGUCAGAGAGAGUGAGCAAAAGAGACAAAGUUUAAAUUAAUAUCUGUAUGUGAUUAAGAGAAUAUUUUGCAUGUACAUGCUAAAUAUAAAGAUUUUAAUAAUUUUAUUUCCUUUUUCCAGUUUUGUGAAAUGAUUUCUGCUCCAGAAAUAAGUCGCUGGGCUGGGCCCAUAAUAGAUGUUCUUCUAGAUUACGUGGGUAACGUCAGCCUCUGCUCUCGCUUACAAGAGCAUUUAGACAGCUACGAAGACUGGGCCAACAUAAAGAAGAAGUCAGGUAUGGUUGUAGCUCAGGGUGACCAUUUCUUUGAUUGCCCCUGCUUUGUGGAGCAGCCAUUUUUACAUCCUCAUUGGUUGGAAACUGUUUAUCUGACAAAAAAUUUAAUGUUUAUCCUGACAUCAUGUUCCAGUGCCGACCAUCGCAAAAAUUCACUCAGACCUCCAUAUUGUGCAUGGUCUGUUAGAAAAGUAGUGCUUCCAAUAAAAGAGUAAAAUGUUAAAAGGUCAGGUAUGUCAAUGAGGAAACCAUACACAUUAUGACUAUAUUAGUACCAGUAACACAAGUACUAUUUUAUUUUUAGUAAAAAAGAAAUGUACCAUGGAUUACUACUUGUAUAUGUAAUACCUCUUAACAUUGGGGGGAGAGUAACCAGCAACACAACAUGCAUCACUGGCAAUAAUGGCCGGUCCACAAGCUCUAGGACCAUGCAGAGAGUGCUCCAGAAGUGCUAUCUGCAGGGUCCUAGUGCCUGUUCAGAGUGAGCUCAUCUAAUGAUGCAGUUGUGCUUUGCUACCUGAGGGCAGUUCCCUAGUGUCUCCAGACAUUAGGUAACAGUCUCAAAAAUGGGACAGGACCCUGAAAUUGGGACUGCCUUGCUAAAAUCUGUUGGGCGACCUGUUAUGUGACAGUUACAUAGUGUCAAAGUGGUUAUUUUUGGAAUUGCAAGACAUUUAUCUGAUUAUAAACAGUUACUGAAAAAUGACAGACAAUUGUUUUAGACUCCUUUCAUUAUGUUGUUUUUUUGAAUAUGUUCUAUAAUAAAAGGGACACUCCAGGUAUCAUAGUAACUUCAUCUCAAUGAGGUCAAUAUUGUGUCUGGAGGUCUGGUUGCCAUCCUUCCUUGUAUGGUUAAACGGUUUUAAUCCCAAAGUCCUUUUGACUUUGCUUGUCUGCUUUGGCCUCUCUAACUCCAUUAUUGAAGCCUAUCCCUGGUACUGGUGGUAGGCUGAGAGCAUUGGUUGACUCUCUCAGGCUGUCACAGGCUGUAAAUUUAGAAAUAUGCUUUAUAAAAGCAUACCUUUAUACCUUUCUAAAACAUUUCUCUCCCAGCCAGCCUUCCCAUCAUUGUCCAAGGGAAAGGCUUUAGCAUUGGAGUCAGAGGUAAAGGAAGGCUAGGAGUACUUUGGUUUAAACCUAUGAGGUAAAAUGUUGCCCAGUACAUCUGGACUUAAAGAAACACUAACGUUAGAUUUCUUCUGCUCACUACUUUUCAGCGCAUUUCAGUGCAAAGCCACCAGGAAAGGCAUCUAGUAGAUAUAUGAAUGAGAGGUACCUCACUCUAGUGUUUGCGUCUCUGAAGAUGUAGGAACAUUCUCUUUGCACCAGAACCACUACAUUAAGCUGUAGUGUUUCUGGUGCUUAGAGUAUACCUUUAAGUUGAUGUUAAGGAACACUCCUCACACAUAAAGCACUUGAGCUUGCUUAAGUACCUUAAGUGUCAGGAUUUUUUCUUUAUAAAAUCUGAUUUCUUUUUGAAAUUGGCACUUAUAAAUAAGUGCAGAAAUGCAUAGCAAGGGUGGUUUUAUUCUGCUUCAGUUAAUUCCACAAAGCUAGCCGAGGUAGCAAGCGCAUUAUGCAACAGUGCGUCUACCUUCUCCCUCCAGGCACAAUGACCCUGUAAGUGCAUACAUAAAAAUACAAAUAUGUAAAUAAAUAUCUAAUCAUAUAUACUUUCUCCACUAUAAUUUUAUGCUGCGUUCAUACAGCUUGGCUCUUUCCUCUGCAAAAGUAAAUUACUUCAAUGCCCUCAUAACCACACUCUCCCACGAACCCAAACAACUAUUUCACACAUUUAACUCUCAUGUACGCCCUAUUGUUCCUCCUCCACCUACUAACUUGACCGCCUCAGACUUUGCAAUUCACUUCACUGACAAGAUCUCUACAAUCAGGGAAGCGAUCUCUCAUCUUUCUUCUUCUCCUUACAAUACUUCCCCUAACCUCACUCCCUCUGCUGUUCUAUGUUCAUUCCCACCCGCUACAGCGGAAGAGGUUUCUGCUCUCCAAUUCCCUUGUAUCUCAUCCGUACUCUGUCUUCUUCUCUUUCUCUACCUCUCAAUCUCUCUCUCUCCUCUGGCAUAUUUUCUUCGCCAUUCAAACAUGCAACUAUAACCUCAAUUCUAAAAAAGCCCAAACUUUACCCUACCUCCCCGUCCAACUACCGUCCUAUCCCUUUUGCAUCCAAGAUCCUUGAAAGAGUUGUGUAUACAAGAUUGACAGACUUCCUCGAGUCCAACUCUCUUCUAGACCCACUUCAGUCUGGUUUCCGCGCUAAGCAAUCGGUGGAAACGGCACUGACCAAAGUAUCCAAUGAUCUACUCGCUGCAAAAUCUCGUGGUCACUACUCUAUCCUAAUUUUCCUUGAUCUGUCUGUGGCUUUUGACACUGUUGAUCAUCAACAGCUUCUUCUCAUCCUCCGCAAUAUUAGUCUACAAGAUAUUGCUCUCUCCUGGUGCUCUUCCUACCUCUCCCAGUGUUCUUUCAGUGUUUCUUUCUCUGGCUCUGCUUCUUCUCCCCAACUCCUCUCUGUUGGUUUCCCCCAAGGUUCAGUCCUUGGUCCCCUACUGUUCUCCAUCUAUACUGCAUCCCUUGGUAAACUCAUUAGCUCCUUUGGCUUCCAACAUAAUUUCUAUGCGGAUGACACGCAAAUCUAUCUGUCCUCUCCCGAUCUCUCCCCGUCCCUCUUGACUAGGGUCUCUGACUGCCUCUCUACUGUUUCUAACAGGAUGGCUGCCCACUUCCUUAAGCUCAACUUGACCAAAACACUUCCUCAAGUGUUGCUACUCCUAUGUCUGUCUCCCUCCAAGUCAACGGUGCUAACAUCAGCUUCACCACGCAGGCUUGCUGCCUAGGUGUUCUCUUUGACUCCGGCCUCUCCUUCAUGCCUCAUGUUCUGUCUAUCAGCAAAUCCUGCCGCUUCCAUCUCAAAAACAUUGCGCGCAUCCGACCCUACUUAACGCCAAAUGCGACUAAGGUGGUGGUCCAUUCCACUGUCCUUUCUUGCCUUGACUACUGUAAUCCGCUUCUCAGUGGUCUUACGUGCUCCCAACUUGCGCCCUUACAGUCCAUAAUGAAUGCAGCUUCUCAGUGGUCUUACGUGCUCAUCUUCCUGUCUGCCCGCACCGCCCACGCCUCACCCUUCUGUCAGUCCCUACAUUGGUUUCCUGUAAGAUAUAGGGCUCAAUUUAAAGUUCUGGUUCUUGCUUUCAAAUCUCUACAUAAUGCUGCUCCCACCUAUCUAUCCUCCCUAAUACACAAGUAUGUCAGUAGGCCCUUAAGCUAUGCUGAAGACUUACGUUUAUCUUCUGUCCGUACUCCCACCUCUGAUGCUCGCCUUCAAGACUUCUCGAGGGCUGCACUGUUCCUGUGGAACUCACUUGCCUCCUCUGUUCGAUGCUCACCCAGUUUUCACUCCUUCAAAAAAAUAAUUAAAACCCACAAAAGCAUAUCUAUUAAACUGUUAAUAGCUCCCGACUGAUUCCUCUCUUGCAACUGUCAUUAGUCUAACACUAUCCUUACCUUUUGUGUCACUUUUCCCCACUCCCUCUAGCAUGUAAGAUCACUGAGCAUGGCCCUCAACCCCUCUGUUCCUGUGUGUCCAACUUGUCUAGUUACAACUACGUUUGUUCGUCCACCCACUGUAAAGCGCUGCGGAAUUUGUUGGCUCUAUAUAAAUAAUAACAUAAUAAUAACAUAAUAUAAAAAUGUGGUAAGUUCCUAGAGAAAAUAUUCCCUUUAAGCCAGACACAUUCAUUUGUGUGAGUGAAGUCUGAUUGCACGUUUUGUUUUUUUAAUUUUGUUUUUUGCAAUAUUUAAAAUGUAAACAUCCCUUCUGGCCUUGAGUUACCAUAUACAUUUAAGACUUUGUUUCUUUCCUUAGAACCUCCUCGACCUUUGCUCCAUCUGUGUCGUUUAAAAGUGCGGGACAUUCUUGGACUUAAACGCCUAAAAAAGAUUAACAGAUUGCCGCUGCCGCCCAGGUUGAUUCGAUAUCUAAGCUACGAUUACUCUGAGGACUAUUAG